AUGGAAGCAACACCAAUCCCCAAGACGGCGCUCAAGUCGCUCUCCGUCAAGACCACCCUCCCCACGCUGCCCUACCCACCGCUCUCAUCCCGUCCCGUCAUCAAAACCGCACGCCUCCUCAUCCGGCCCUUCUCCGCGACGGACCUCGACGCCCUGCACGCGCUCCGCACCCAGCCCGAGGUCAUGGCCUGGAUGCCCCUCGGGCAGAUCGACCCGGACGUGACCAAGACGCAGGCCGUCCUCGAGAAGAAGCUCCUGCACGACGACCAAAACUACAGCUACGCCAUCUGCCUGGCCUCGUCGGGCGCGCUCAUCGGCACGGGCGGCUGCCACUCCCGCGGCGGGGGCAUGCUCGGCUGGCCCGAGAUCGGGUACAUGCUGCGGCGGGAGGCCUGGGGGAUGGGCUACGGGACGGAGUUUCUCGCGGGGUUCCUCGAGGCGUGGUGGGCGCUGCCGCGGGGCGAGGCGGCGCUGACGGUGGAUGUGAGCACGCUGGACGAUGAUGGCGGUGCGGUGGGCUGCGACGGGCAGGUCGUGGCGCGGGAGUGCAUCUCGUCGUUUACGCGCGAGGAUAACCGCGCGAGUCGCAGGGUGAUGUGCAAGGCGGGCAUGAGCCUCGUCAAGGUGUGGGAGGUGAUUGACAUGCGCGACGGGAAGACCCCUAUUGAUCUGUACGGCUACGUUGUGCGGAGGCCCGGGCCGUGCUGA